AUGCCUAAGCGUAUGAAAUCCGAGCGGCGCCAUCCUGGUGACAGCGCCAUCACCCCAUCGCAAAUUAUAACAAGGUACUCAGUAGAAGCAUGGGUCGAAGGUUUUCCUUUCCCUGACUAUGUGUAUAUAUUGGGAUUUGGAAGCCGGAUAAACGAGCACGGGCCUCGAGAGCGGGAAGUCUUUUCACGCCACUCCCACGACACACCAGAAUCAGCAAGCCUGGGUAUAUACGUAGGUCCCUGGUUCACUACUAGGAGUUACACAUGUGAGACGAGAGACGAUUGUGCUUCGUAUAUACUUCGUAACUGGGAACUCGCCGUCGAUGGUCCACCUUCUCGGAUCUCCUUGACCGUUAUCGCCAAGACUGGAAGCCGAAGAAAUGCUGGCGAGAAUGAAAAAUGCUUCUCGGAGCGUAACCGAAAAUGCGCCAAGAUGGGAUUUAUGAAUUUGGUGGCAACAAGGCCCUGGGGCAAAGUUUGUAUAUUCUAUUUGGAAGAGGUUGCAUUACAUCAUUGUGGCCGAGGAGUGAACAUGGGUUUGGUCCUGCGAUCGGUUAAAAAGGGAAAUUUUACAUCGUCGCCAAUUUCCAUUUUAGCCGGGUUUUUCGAUCUCACUGGCGCCAGCCCCUAG